AACACACACAACCUCCUUCUCAUCUCUUUCUUUCCCUUUUCCUUGUUUUCUCGUUUUCCUUUGUCCAUUUUCAGAUUGUUUGUUUGGUUCUUUUGUUUGUUUCCUUCCCCUUCCCUUCCUUGGCUUCAACCAACACCCCUCGCCAUUUGGGAUCUAUACACAUACCCCCCCCGUUUUCACUCUCUCUUGAAUGCUUCACAACAACCUCCGACCUGUGACGAUUUGUUCUUUCUUCUUCAUCUUCUCACUUGGGUUUCUUUUCAAAUUUCAUUUUCUGGGUUUUAUUUUGACUUCAACUUUUAGUAAUCCAAGAUGCUGAAUCUGAGGGUUUUGGGCUUGGUUAUUGCAUUCCCACUCUGAGCUUCUUCUUCACCUCUUCAGUAAAGGAAGCUGUAUUAUUGACGACAAACAAAACUGGGUUUGGGUUUGUUUGAGAGGGUGAGACUGAUCUUAAGGGUUUAUUUUACAUUUGGGGGAAAACGCAAUCAUUCGAAUGAAAGAAGCAGAGAAAAUUUUAGAUCCUCAACUAUGGCAUGCCUGUGCUGGAGGUAUGGUUCAGAUGCCGGCGAUUAACUCCAAGGUUUUCUACUUUCCUCAGGGUCACGCCGAGCACGCUCAGGCCACUGUCGAUUUCACGUCUUCGCUUAGAAUCCCGCCUCUUAUUCCUUGCCGAGUGCUCGCCGUCAAGUUCUUGGCUGACCUUGAAACAGAUGAGGUUUUUGCUAACGUAAGAAUGGUUCCACUGCCGAACAGCGACCUUAAUUUUGAGGAAGAAGGUGGGUUUGGGAGUAGUGGGUCUGAGAACAAUAUGGAGAAACCGGCUUCCUUUGCCAAGACGUUGACUCAAUCCGAUGCCAACAACGGCGGUGGGUUCUCGGUUCCGAGGUACUGUGCAGAGACGAUUUUUCCACGGCUGGAUUACACGGCGGAUCCGCCGGUUCAGACGGUGAUUGCCAAGGAUGUUCAUGGCGAGGUUUGGAAGUUCCGCCAUAUAUACAGGGGGACGCCUCGCCGGCAUUUGUUGACUACUGGGUGGAGUACUUUUGUGAAUCAGAAGAAGCUCGUCGCCGGUGAUUCGAUUGUUUUUCUAAGAUCCAAAAAUGGCGACCUCUGUGUCGGAAUCCGGCGAGCCAAACGCGCAAUUGGGUGUGCCUCCGAUCACCCGUACGGAUGGAAUCCCGGCGGUGGAAAUUGCAUCCCACCUUACGGUGGAUUGACGAUGUUUUUGAGAGAUGAUGACAACAAGUUGAGUAGAAAAGGGUCUUUAAGUUCCAGUGGUAGUGGUGGGAAUUUGAGGGGAAAAGGUAAAGUCAGGCCGGAAUCAGUGAUGGAAGCGGCAGCGCUUGCGGCGAGUGGACAGCCUUUUGAGGUGGUUUAUUACCCACGUGCCAGCACGCCGGAGUUUUGUGUUAAGGCCUCAUCGGUGAGAGCCGCCAUGAGGAUCCAAUGGUGCUCUGGUAUGAGGUUCAAGAUGCCAUUUGAGACUGAGGAUUCUUCUCGGAUUAGUUGGUUUAUGGGCACCAUUUCUUCUGUUCAAGUUGCUGAUCCUAUCCGUUGGCCUAAUUCUCCAUGGCGGCUUCUUCAGGUGACAUGGGAUGAACCAGAUUUGUUACAGAAUGUGAAGCGUGUUAGUCCAUGGUUGGUUGAACUGGUAUCGAACAUGCCCGUCAUUCAAUUAUCACCGUUUUCUCCACCAAGAAAGAAAUUUCGACUACCACAACAUCCAGACUUUCCCCUCGACAGCCAAUUCCCACUGUCGUCAUCGUUUUCAAGCAAUACCCUUAGGCCAAGCAGUCCCAUGUGUUGUUUAUCUGAUAACACUUCUGUAGGCAUACAGGGAGCCAGGCAUACUCAAUUUGGAAUAUCUUUAUCAGAUUUCCAUCUCAACAACAAACUGCAAUUAGGGCUGGUUCCGUCCAGUUUUCAGCAGAUUGAUUUUCACUCUAGGAUUUCUAAUAGAUCAGUUACAGACCACAGAGACAGCAGCAGUCAUAACUCUUCGGUGUUGCAAAACGGGGAAAAGACUGGUCCAAAGUUGGAAAGAUCCGAUUCGGUGAAGAAGCAUCAAUUUUUACUCUUUGGUCAACCUAUACUCACUGAACAGCAAAUCACUUGCAGCUCUUCCAGUGACAUUCGCUCACCUCCUACCGAGAAAAGUUCCUCAGAUGUGAAUCUGGAGAGAGUGAAGUUUCUCUCCCAUGGCUCAGGAUCCACUUUCAAGCAGCAAGUUUCUCCAAACAAAUCACCAGGAGUAGGAUUUCCAUGGUACCAGGGUUAUCAAGCCACUGAACUGGGCCUAGACAUCGGUCACUGCAAGGUAUUUAUGGAGUCAGAAGACGUGGGCCGGACACUCAACCUUUCGGUCAUCAGUUCAUAUGAAGAACUAUACAGGAGGCUUGCGAAUAUGUUCGGAAUGGAAAAACCAGACAUUCUUAGCCAUGUUUUAUACCAAGAUGCAACAGGUGCUGUGAAACAAGCUGGAGAUAAACCAUUCAGUGAUUUCAUCAAAACAGCUAGAAGAUUGACGAUACUAACGGACUCGGGUUCAGACAAGCUGGGAAGGACAUUGAUGGAUGGAAUGAGAAGUGGUGAAAAUGGAUUAGAUGCUUCAAACAAGACUGGCCCUUUGAGCAUAUUUGCAUAGUCUUUCGUGAUUGUGUUGAUGACAAGGGAAAAUGAACCCAAGAAAUGUAUCUGCUCCAGAAUUCUGCUUGUUUCCUGGGAAAAAAAAAGACUCAAAUCUCAAUCAUUUUAUUAAUCAUGUUUUUGUCUUACUGUGUAUCAUUAUCAAAUGUAACUGUCUAUAAAUAUUAUGUCUUAACCGGAUCUUACUUGAUGUCAACAUUAUGCAUGUUAAUGACUCGCCUCAAAGAUCUCUGUCAAUGGUAUUGAAUUUUGCCUUACACAACCCCAAACCUAAUGAAAAUUGAUUUUGGAGACUGCUACCACGUGGUUGAUAA